GUAAAGCUCAGCGAACUUGGUGUAUGUUUUCCUAUGAACACAAUUAACAAAGCGUGGAGAUAAACCAAUCGUUCUAUGCAUAUUAUAACCCUCUUUUAUAAUUGUAUCUGUGUAAACGAAGUUAUUUCAUUUGCAAGCAAGAUUCCAUUCAUGGAUCGGUUGCUCGACUCUGGGCUCACAACUACUGUCUCGUUGAUAAGAAGCAAAAUAUCAAACGCUAUUGCGUACAGACACUUUAUGAACACGCACGAUGAAUGCGCAUUUACAGAUGAAAGUGAAGUGUCCACGAAGACAGUAGUGAGCAUGAAGAUCACACAAGGCGUUGCGGUCGCUUGGGCAGUACUGUGUUGCUGUUAUGCGCAGUUAGAAGCAUACCGUAUCUUGUGUAUUUUUCCAAGCUCGGGCCGAUCGCAUGUGCUCGUCGGACAGGCGUUACUGAAGGGAUUAGCAGAACGAGGACAUGAUGUCACAAUGGUGAGCCCGUACAAACUGUCCAAAUCUGUACCAAAUUACCGGGAGAUUGUGAUACAGAAAGUUGAUCUUGGACAGAUGACUAAGGACUUUCUGCAAAAGAACGAAGGUAACUCGAUGGCUAGUUUGGUGUACCUUUUUCAGAGCCAAAUGCGUACUGCAGAGAUGGCAUUGGAAGACGCAAAGGUUUUGGCACUUAAGCACGAGCACUUCGAUUUGGUGAUCGUUGGAUACUUUGUGGCAGACUUUGUUCUGGGACUUGGGCCGCACUUUAACGCACCGACGGUAGUAUUGUUUUCGGCCGGUAUGACAAAACCAACGGCAGACUUUGUGGGCAAUCCGAGAGCUAUUGCAGCAGUUCCGCACCUUAUGCUCGGUGGAAAAGGUACAAUGGACUUUUUCGGUCGUGUAAAGAAUUUUCUUUUCGCUGGCGUCGAAAAUGUACUCUGCGCGGUAUCAGAAUACGUUCAGACUUCGUACUACGAACACCAUUUCCCACCAGAUCGUUACCCUACAUUCCAGGAAGUGCGUCGUAAUGUUUCGCUCGUCCUGCUCAACACACAUUUCUCCCAGAGUACACCACGUCCGUACUUGCCAAAUAUUGUGGAAGUCGGUGGUUUACAAAUCAAAGCUAAACCAGAUCCGCUUCCAGAAGACAUUCGCGAGUGGCUUGACGAAGCAGAGCAUGGUGUCGUGUACUUCUGUCUCGGUUCAAAUCUCAAAUCAGCUGACCUUCCCCAGGCGAAGCUAGAUGCGAUUUUGAGGACCUUUGGCCAUCUUAAACAACGAGUGCUGUGGAAGUGGGAGAGCAAUCGUAUUCCAAAUGCGCCUCCGAAUGUACUUUCGAAAGCGUGGCUGCCGCAGGAUGAUGUUUUAGCGCAUCGAAACAUAAAGCUGUUUAUCUCACAUGGCGGCCUUGGUGGUAUGGCUGAGGCCAAGUACCAUGGUGUGCCAGUUCUGGGUAUUCCCAUUUUCGCGGAGCAAUUCCAAAACAUUCAAUCCAUGGUAGAAGAAGGUGUUGCAAUGAGGUUAGAUUACCAGGAGCUAGACGAGCAAUCUUUUUCGGAUGCUGUUAACAUUAUGCUACGAGAGCAUAAAUUCGUCGAGCGUGCGAAAGCUGUUUCCAUCCUCUAUCGAGACCGACCACAGAGCGCCAUGGAUCUUGCUUGCUAUUGGGUAGAAUAUAUCGCACGUCACAGAGGAGCACCACAGCUACACUAUCCGGGUGCGGAUAUGAACUUCUUCCAGCGCGAAUCUCUGGAUGUGCUUGCGUUCUUGAUCGUGGUUCUUUAUGCUAUUACAAAAAUGUCUAAGCUAGUAAUAAGAUUAGCUUACCGAAAGGUUUUUAAAUUUUCGCGUAAGAUCAAGGAACAAUAAACCCCAAAAACAAAUAUGAAUUUCAAA